AUGAGUUCAAGAACACCAACUAGAAAGAGAACAAUUAGGGAUAUUUCCAAUAUCCAAUUAUUAACCCCUACCAAAACCCCAACCAAUAAACGAACCAAGUUAUCAUCAGACACCCCAUCCCCAACCAAGCAAUCAUGCAGGAAGAAGCUCACAUUCGAAGCACCACCAACACCCACCAAAUCACCAAAGAAACAAUCCACAAGCAUAUAUUCCCGAGCAAAGGCACUAUUUCAGCGAGGGACAAACAUGGUCAAUCAUGAAUCACAUUUAGUCAGUCGAGAAAGCGAAGGGAAAUAUUUGAAUGACUUUUUUGUGAACAGUAUAAAUGAAAGUCUUUGUAAUAGUUUAUAUAUUUCCGGACCUCCUGGGACUGGGAAAACUGCUCAGAUUAGUUUAUCUAUUGAAUAUCUCGAGAAGAAAUUACAGGAUGAGAAAAAGAAGGUUAGGUUUGUGAAGAUUAAUUGUAUGACUUUGAAUAACCCAGAACACGUUUUUCAUGAGAUAUUUAGUGGACUUAAAGGUGGGUUAUCCAUCUUGUUAGGCAGGAAGAAAACCAGUGAUGAUUUAUUUAAAUGUUUGAGUGUAGGUGAAGAUGAAGUGGAUUCAUUAGUGGUUAUACUUGAUGAAUUGGAUUCGUUAAUAACUAGAGAUCAACAGGUUUUAUUUCAGUUAUUUAAUUGUGCAAAUAAAAAGAAUAGUCAUCAAUAUAAGACGAAGUUGGUAGUGGUAGGAAUAUCUAAUGCUUUGGAUUUAACUGAUAAAUUCUUACCUCGAUUGAUACGAAAUAAUUUAACUCCAGAAUCUAUGCAGUUUUUACCAUAUACUGCGGAUCAAAUCAAAUCAAUUAUAAUAUCGAGAUUGAAAAGUCUUACCGAGGAUGAAGAAGAUGGGAAUGGACAAAUACCGAUUUUCCAUCCACUGGCAAUUCAAUUAUGUUGUAGGAAAAGUGCAUCAAUAUCAGGAGAUUUAAGAAAAGCAUUUGAUAUUUGUUAUAAAUCAAUCGAAUUAAUUGAAAGAUCAUUGCCACCUUUCCAAAGCUAUGAAAGUUUCCAGAAGGAAUAUCCAAAAGUAAUGAUUCCACAUAUUGCUAAGAUAUGUAAUUUAUCAUUUGAUAAUUCUUCAUCAAUUGGUAAUUUAAAUUUAUUACAAAAAGCAAUAUUAUGUCAACUAUUUAAUUAUAAAUUAGAAAACGAAGGUAAUACUGACCAUAUCACCGUUAAUUUAUUUUAUGAUUAUUAUAGAAAACAAGAUCAUAUAAAUUCAUUAAUUGGUGUACUUAAAAAUGGUGAAUUUAUUGAAAUUAUUACUGCAUUAGAAAGUUCAAGUUGUAUUGUCAUUAAUGACAAUAAUAAAUUAAAAUUCAAUAGUGGGAUUGGUAAUAAAUUAAUUCAAUUGAAUGUUAGUUAUGAUGAUAUUGUUAAAUCAAUUGAAAAUGUUGGUAUUUUAAAAAGAGUAUUAAAGAAUAAUUCAAUGUAA